AUGGCGAGGGUGGCGGUACUGUGGCGGAAGAUGAGAGAUAACUUCCAGAGCAAGGAGUUCCGGGAAUACGUGAGCAGCACUCACUUCUGGGGUCCCGUGUUCAACUGGGGCCUUCCGCUGGCUGCCUUUAAAGACAUGAAGGCGUCGCCGGAGAUCAUCAGUGGCCGCAUGACGACAGCGCUUAUCUUGUACUCGGCGAUUUUCAUGCGCUUCGCCUACCGCGUACAGCCUCGAAACCUGCUGCUGAUGGCGUGCCACUGUACCAACGUGAUGGCGCAGAGUGUGCAGGCCAGUCGCUACCUACUCUACUACUACGGCGGCGGCGCCGAGGCUAAAGCCCGCGAACCUCCGGCUACCGCCGACGCCGCCACCAGCCCGGGUUCCCAGCCCCCGAAACAGGCUUCUUAAGAACUGAGAGGGCCUGAUCCUCAUCUCUGCAGGUCACAAGCACUGAACUGUCAUUCCUCCUGAAAAAAGACCAAUGAAGACCUCGGUUUUGACUCUAAAACAGUGCGAAUCUGACUUAAACCUGCAGUUUGAUUAAUAAAGAAAUACAAAGUAACA